GGUCGUGUGGAGGUCACCAAACUGCUGCUGGAGAACGGAGCAAACCCCAACACUACAGGACAGCAGUACAGCGUGUAUCCGAUCAUCUGGGCCGCCGGUCGAGGACACGCCGACAUCGUCAAAGUGCUGCUGCAGAACGGAGCCAAAGUCAACUGUUCUGACAAGUAUGGGACCACUCCUCUGAUCUGGGCGUCCAGGAAAGGACACUUUGACUGUGUGAUGCACCUGCUGGAGAGCGGAGCCGAUGUCGACCAGGAGGGGGCGAACUCGAUGACGGCUCUGAUCGUGGCGGUGAAAGGCGGUUACACCGAGGUGGUGAAGGAGCUGCUGAAGAGGAACCCCAACGUCAACAUGACCGACAAAGAUGGGAACACGGCGCUGAUGAUCGCCGCCAAGGAAGGCUACACCGAGAUCGUCCAGGACCUGCUGGACGCCGGCACCUACGUCAACAUCCCAGACCGGAGUGGGGACACGGUGCUGAUCGGAGCAGUGAGGGGGGGUCAUGUGGAGAUUGUCAGAGCUCUGCUGCAUAAAUACGCCGACAUCGACAUCAGAGGACAGGAGAAUAAAACUGCUCUGUACUGGGCCGUGGAGAAAGGAAACGCCACUAUGGUGAGAGACAUCCUGCAGUGUAACCCCGACACUGAGACCUGCACCAAGGAUGGAGAGACGCCUCUGAUCAAAGCCACCAAGAUGAGGAACAUCGAGAUCGUGGAGCUGCUGCUCGAUAAAGGAGCCAAAGUGUCGGCUGUCGACAAGAAAGGAGACACGCCCCUCCACAUCGCGAUCCGUGGGCGGAGCCGGCGCCUGGCCGAGCUCCUCCUCAGGAACCCCAAAGACGGCCGCCUGCUGUACCGACCCAACAAGGCCGGAGAGACGCCGUACAACAUCGACUGCAGCCACCAGAAGAGCAUCCUCACGCAGAUCUUCGGAGCACGUCACCUGUCCCCCACAGAGACGGACGGGGACAUGUUGGGUUACGACCUGUACAGCUCCGCGCUGGCGGACAUCCUGAGCGAGCCGACCAUGCAGCCCCCCAUCUGUGUGGGUCUGUACGCCCAGUGGGGCAGCGGCAAGUCCUUCCUGCUCAAGAAGCUGGAGGUGAAGCAGAAGUUUUUGGUUGAAGAACUUCCUGUUUUAACCCAAUGA